AUGAGUGGUGCACAUCUUCCAGCUAACCAUUCUGAUUGUAAAAAGGAGGCCAUUGAAUCUUUGGUCGGAAGAGAACAACUCAUCACACAGCUCUUCAACAGCGGAGUUGCAUCAGAUGCUUUAUUGUCAGAUUUAUUGAGAACAGUUCGAGAGACGACUGAAAUCUGUGUCAGACAGCAAACUUCGUGCCGCAAUCCGUGCACAAUGAGCCCAUUCCAACCUCUUCCUCAUAUGGUCAUGUAUGGGGGAAUCAUCGAAGACUUUAUUAACCGAUAUCCAACAACUGUCGCCUGCUCAGUGUGGAGAAGAUCUGAUAAUGAAACCAUUUUUCAACGAGGAAUAUUCUUCAAUCUCACUAACCUGGAGAAACAAGAUCUGGAGAAGUUCUUCGGACCGAAAAAGACGGGAAGGAACAAGAGGGUCACGUUGGCACAAGAGUUAUUCAACCUUGUCGUUCACCGGGGCUUGAUAUUUGGUGAAUCAGCUGCUUUCUUCUACAUGACGGUCUUGAAGACUAACCGAGUAUUCAUUGCACUCUUCGGUACCAUAUCCUACAUGUCCUUCGACAAAGCAGCAUUCGUACUGGAAGAAGUAGUCAAAAACGAAGAAGAAAACUGA